UGUUAAGUGAUUGGCUCAGUGAAUGUUUGUAUCUCCAGCGUGGAAGGUAUUUCCUGAUUGGUUGCUGUGAGCACUAUGGGUCACUGUGGAAGCCCACGUACAAGCGUGGUCAUUCAGUGGCUGUGAACACUGCUUGGUUUUCAUCUCGCUUACAUGUGGAGGCUUGGAGGCAGCCAGGACCUGCAGUGAAUUGGGGUUGCUAUGGCUAUGUCCUUGUUACUGCUCAAUUGUCUGCAUGUUACACUCUUUUUUCUGCUGCUACAUGGUGAGUUUUAUGGCUUUUGUUGUGAGUUGUGUUCAAUCUUAGUGUGUCAUUUAAUUUUCCAGUGGAAGCAGAGUCACAAUGACAUGACUUUGAGUGUUUAGUAUGGAGAUCUGGCAUGUUUUCUAUGAAAAAUUGAGUUUUUUGUCAUUAUGUUUGAUAUUUUCCAACUGGUUUUCUAUGCAGUAGGUGAUUGCUUUGAGACGGAACCAAAUCUCUGUGAUUCAAGUUGUCCUGGGUUUUCUACCCCUGACUUGUCCUAUCAGAGAGGGGUGAGGUAUACUUACAGGUAUAGCACUACGAUUACCACAACCCUCCAUGGAUCCAGUGCUGGCAGGAAUGGACUGGCUUUGGACUGUGUGGUUGAUAUCGACGUGGUUUCCAAGUGUCACCUAAUGAUGCAGAUUAGAAAUCCACAGAUAAAGCGGCUUUCCCCUCAGAAGGAGCACUCUGUGCAGCGUUUAAAGAGUUUGAGGGAGUCACUCGAGAGAACGCGCCUCAAGUUCUCCCUCCAGGGGGGAAAGGUCACGGCCCUCUGUCUCCAGGAGGGGGAGCAGGUGUGGGCCCUCAACAUUAAAAGAGCUCUACUGAGCAUGCUCCAGACCUCCCGCAUGGCCUCCAAACAGCAAUUAGAAAAGGAGACGGAUGUGUACGGGACGUGCACCAGCAGGUAUGAGAGGCGAGGACCUGUACUGCUGAAGAGCAGGGAUCUAAAACAGUGCCAACAGUCCAGGCUAGCACACUUCUGGCCCCAUUCAGUACUUUUAACUGAAGAUACAUCGGUGCAGUCAGAGCUGCACUGUGUUCAGAAACGUGGGUCUACAGUUAUGGAAGAGGUGAACUGUACUGAAGCGAUUUCCAUGGCAACAUGGUCCAGGACUUCAGGGCUGGUGAAGACCCAAACAGUGUCUACCCUGCUCCUGCUCAGGGCCCAGCCAGGGAGUCCAUCAGGUGCAGAUUCUUUAGAUGUUGGUGUGUUUACUGACCUGCAGUUUGAGGACGAGGGGGCUGCAAGGCCAGGAAAAGCCCAAGCGUCAACUCCUCUGCAAGCCAGUCAAACUGUCAGGAUGUUAUGUAGCCUCACAUCAGACCCACAACUGGUAGCACAAGAGUUCCUUCAACUUGCUUUCCAGCUGAGAGAUCUGACUCUCUUUCAACUAAAGACUCUUUGGCAAGAAGCAUCUUUCAAGUGCCGCAAUGACUGGCAGCCUUUGUUGGAUGCAUUACCAGCCUGUGGAUCUGAAAACUGUAUCUUACUACUGACUGACCUAAUGAGGAGCAAAGAGCUGGAGGAGGAGCAGGCUUACGCUUUUCUCACCACCAUAGCCCUCAUCCCUCAUCCAUCACCACAAAUAAUCAAUUCCAUCAAUGUCUUAUUGGAGGUCCCAGAGUUGCAGUCCAAGGCGCUGUUAGCUGGAUCAUCUUUGGUCUAUCAGUUGUGUCAAAGGUCUCAAAUGUCCUGCGUUGAACUUCCUCAAGUACAGACUUUCAUGCAGAGGCUUGAGGAAACACUGAAGAAGGGCUAUGAAGAACAAUCCAGUACAGUUUUUUAUGCACUGAAAUCAGUUGGAAACAUUGGUCUGUAUGCUCCAGCCUUCAUUCCUCUGCUAAAACACUUCAUGCUUGGCCACUCAGCUCCACUGGAGCUGAGACUUGCUGCCAUCCAAGCCUUCAGACGCUUUCCGUGCUCAGCUGAUAGAUCUGUGCUGUUGCAGCUGUACCGCUCCUCCCAGGAGGAUCCCGAGGUCAGAAUCGCUGCAUACCAGCAGCUCAUGCGAUGCCCCGAUCAGGACGUGUUUGAAGUGGUGAAGACGACGCUGAGGAGUGAGACCUCCAGCCAAGUGGGCUCAUAUGUGUGGAGUCACCUGACUAAUGUCCUGAGGAGCGAAGACCCCGUGAAGCAAAGCCUAAUCGAGUCACUGCCUGACGAUAUUAUCAGCAGAGACUUUGAGGCUGAGUUUUUGAAAUACUCCUCCUAUUCUGACUACACUGUGUCAUCAGGCAUGGGAAUUACAAAUGUCGAAACAUCUUUGGUUUUCUCUCCCAAAUCAUUUCUACCGAGAUCUGCCACUGCCAACCUAACAUUAUAUUUUCACGGUAGAGCCCACAACCUUCUGGAAGUCGACCUUCAUGUUGAAAACGUUGAACCGCUUUUGAAGAAUGUCUUCGGUCACCAGACCCACGACUCUGAUGGAGAGUCUGCAGCUCAGAGUCGAAAACAUGUACAGUCCAAAGAAGUCAAGAGGACAAGAAGAAAAAUAGAUGAUGGCCAUAGAGGAGAAAAGGAAAUGUGUUUAUCAACCACCAACAGUUAUCUGGACCAGGCCAGGGCCAUGUUAUUUGGAAAGAGGCCAACGGAUGAGAACAGGCCCAAAUGUUGGGUUGGCGUGAAGGUGUUUGGCAAUGAGCUCAGCGUAUUUACAUGUGACGAUCUCUACAGUCAAAUCAACCAGCUGUCGCUGAGUGUGGCAGGGCUGGCUGUCAAACUGCUCAAGGGUCAUGAGGUUCACCUCAACCACAGAGCUGUGUUGAUGACAGAAGAGCUGGUUUUACCAUCUCUGUCUGGUUUGCCUGUCAAACUGGGUAUCAACAUGACCUCCCUCCUUUCACUGCGCCUGAAGGGCAACGUCAACUACAGGGAUACUUCUCAUUUCUCCCUGACUGGAUACAUCAAACCCAAUGCCCAUGUGGCGCUGUCUGCCAGGAUGGGUGUUGAUGGUGCUUUGGGUCAGGCUGCAGUGGACUGGGUCUCUGAUCUUAGUAGCUCCACCAGUCUGGAUGGCAGUAUCCAGCUGCAGGAGGGACGAGAGCUCAGGGUGACACUUAACACACCGGAGGAUGUCAUGGACAUCAUCUCUGUCAGCUCCAGAGUGUUUCAGCUCAGUGGAGACCACAGAGAGGAGAUAAAGGGGCCAAAGAGUCGAGUCCAGAAGACCACCUGUACACCAAAGACCUGGUCAAAGAUGGUUGGCUGGCAGCUGUGCUCCAAUGCCUCUUACCCAUUACAUGCCACAGGUAUUUCCCUUCCCCCUCCAGGACCAGCCCACCUUUCCCUGAGGCUGCUAAAGCUGGACAGAGGCCUCCACUACUACCUGCUGGAGGCUGCCUACUCAAUGCUCGCUCAGAGAGGCACCUGGCUCCCCAGAGAGGCCUCUAUACAUUUCCUCCUGGCCACUCCUCAGUCCUCCAUUUCCAGGGACAUGUCUCUGGACCUGACCUUCAACCCUCACAGACUGCUGCUGAGGAUCACCCAUCCUCUGAAAACCAUCCACAUACAAGGGCAACUUGAGCAAGAGAGGAACAUAAAGUCAGGGAAGCUUGAGCUGUUGAUUGAUGGUGUUCAUUAUUAUAUCAUGGGUUUGGUCGACACCCACAACCUCCUGUCAGAGCAAAGGACACGCUAUCACCUUGAAGCCAAAAUGGCCGCUGAUGGACAUCCCAUGAUCCUCUCUGCUAAUGUUACUCGUGGCCUGGGCAGGAAGACAAGCUUCUCGGCCACUGUGAAGAAUGUGUUCAGAGAAACUGCUUCACUGUCAGUGUCUCUGGAGCGCAGGCGGGAUGGCAACAGCAGGCAGUACUCUGUGGAGGCAGAGCUCCUGUUACCCGGUGUGGUCGGCAGUAAGAUGUUGGGACUAAUGGAGCAGAAGGGCUCACUGUGGAGCUCUGCACUCAGGCUCAAAUAUGGUCUGGGAGGUGAUGCCCGCCACCUUCGUCAGGAGUGCUACAUGUCUCAGAGACUAAGGAGUGAGAGGGACUCAAACCUCACGUACAUCAUGAGAGCAGAUCAUGAAUUCUACUGCACCAGCAUCGCUCCUAUCAACCACAAGAUCCACCUCAGGCACGAGGAAGGGCCCAACCAUAUUAAAUCAUCCCUGGACAUGAGCUACGGCAAACACUGGGAUGAGAUCAACAACAAACGCACACUUCUUCUGAGCCAGUCUUUCAAAAACCAGUCCACACAAAAUCACACCAGCUACACACUCGAGUUCAGUCUCCAGGUGCCAGAGAAGAAUUUAAACUACAGGACUCAGCUUCUGCACUCUCACCUGAGACAGCUUGGAUCUGAGAGCAGCACCCACCUCAAAAUCAACUACAAUAACUUGAUGCCUCUAGUAGUCGGAUUACACUGGAAAAGCCCUCCCAAAGACACCCUGCAGAAAAAAUGGGAAGCCACAUUUAACAUGGACACACCAUGGCUGUACAUCUACACUGCCCACAAACUGAACCAGCACCAGCGCCACACACUCCAGCUUACAUCCGAGCUGACAGCCAGCAAGUGGUUGACCAUCCGUAACCUCCUCCUGGAGGGUUUCUACAGGGACAGGGACAGAGAGAAGGAGGCCCGCCUUAAGCUCUACACACCAGCUGUUACCUACAUCCAGACAGGAGGGUGGGGGGUUGCCGGGAAGCGAAGUGUGAAAGCCUCUGCCUCAUUCAGCUCAUUGUGGACCCCACCCUUGAGAGGAGAUAUCUCUCUGGAGGCCUCUAAAUUCAGCCACACCCUGCAGAUGGCUUCCACCUAUGGCAAGCACAAUGUCAGCCUGACUGCUGCCCUGAACACCGUGGAUAAGAAUUUGAAAAAGAGGCAAGCAAUGCUGAAGAUGACCUUCUCAAAGCUGAAGAGUCCGUCCACAGAGCUGGAGUUUCAGGGAGUCAUAGAGGAGCUGAGGCGGGACAAGAAGAUGUAUCAGAAAACAGCAAUGCUCCAGCUCAGACAGCCCUUCCAGACCUUUCCUCAGACUCUCCUCCUGCGGGAGACGUUCACAGUCGACCUCCUCAAAGGCCUCUACAUCCUUGAGUCGAAAGCUGGUUUCCACGGAAACAGAGAGGUUAUCCACACCCUCACCCUCGGGUACAAACCACCGAGCCCUUUUGUUUGUUCUGCGCUGAUUCAUCCAUUCAGCUCUGACAUUGUUCCGUCAGACUCCGAAAUCUGUGUGACCAUAACCAGCAACCAGACCCAGAAAGACAUACAAGGGAGGUUACGCAUCGGUAGCAAGGAGAGACUGACUUUCUUUGGACAAGUUCAGUUGAACCCUUUGCACUCAAGUCACCAAGCGAUAAAAGUUAGAGCCAACUUCAGCCAUCAGCUCGAGCUGCAGCUCCCCUCCUCUGCUAUAGCAGAGGGAAACAUAUAUUGGGACCCCAAAAACAACACUGACUUUGAUUAUCAGGCCAAAGGGAUGCUGAGAGUAGAGCGACAGGAGUGCAAACUUUCUGUACAGCUCAAUGGAACAUCAGGCAGAGUCGGUCUUUAUUCAUCUCUGAGUCAUCCCUUCAAAUCAAAGAUUCCCAAAACAUUAGAGGUUAAGGCCAUUGCAGAUAUUUCUACAGUGGCUGGUCGAGGAAGUAGCUCUGUACAUGUGAGGGCUGAUGGGAAAGACAGGGUGAAACUGGACGCCCAGAUGUCCCACAUCCUCCAGAGAGGAGAGAGAGCUGUGGCACUGACGGUUAACGUAUCCCAGAGCUUGCUGCCUACUGCCACUGACCUGCAUGUAAACAUGACCGCUAAUAUGUCCUCACACAGCGUGUCUCUACAUGGCUCCUAUAAACAAGGGCAUGAGGCUGUGCUGGCCCAGGUCAAAGGGUCUCUAAUAAACACCCCGAGUCUCCAGCUGGCUGUGUCUGGGGACCUGAGGCACUCCAUGGCCAGCCUUGCUAUUUUGCCUCCAAUCCUAGGGUUGGAUGGGGCCCUAGGAUGGUCUGACAUGCUGGUUGAAGGACAGAUGAGAGUUAGAGUGAUGGAGACAGUGUACAGGGUGGAGCUGAAACAUCAGGAGGAUCCUGGAGAUUCUUUGGAUAGUGAAGAUGAAGAAGGAAUGAUGGGAAAGAAAUUCCACGUGGCCCACGAUUGGCUGUGUGUUUGGGUGGACGCAGAGCAUUCUUGUGUGAAUGUGAGCCGCCGACUAGGGGACUGGGGGACAGGUGAAGUCCAUACCGGACUAUUUCACUCCUUCCAGCUGCUCAGGGCGACAGGUGUACCUGCUAGCAGUAGUGCCCAGGUAAGGUGGGCCCAGGAUGGCGGUCGACUGUCAGUCCUGGUGGACCUGCAGGCUGGAUCUCAACAGCUAAAAGCUGAGUUCAGUGGAGGCAAGACAGACCAGGUUAUCCCACGGUGGGAGUAUGUCUCCAGGCUGCAGCACCAAGUCAAAGCUCUGCUGAAAAGAGGUGUACCAAGCUCCAUACAAGCUAAAGCACAUUACCAGUUAGAAACAGAAGGACUGGACACAGGCUUGGUCCUUCAAGUGGAAGACGAGAGAAUGGUUGAUGCCCUUUUUUAUGUUGGAUCAAGAAAUAACAAAGCUAUAUUGGUAAUGUCUCUAUGGCAACAAAUGAAGCUGCUCCAGGGACUUAUACCCACUUAUUUCCAGAUGAACUGCACAGGGGACGCCACCGCAGACCGUCUCUCAGCCCAGUGCUAUGGAAAUGUGGCAGGUCGCCCUGUGGAGUCUCUCCUGCCAUCACAGACUUCAGCCAACAUCUCCAUUGUCCGCUCUGGCUGCUCCACAAAUCUCCACGCUGUUUUGCUGGCUGAAGGGGAACAGAAAGGCAGUCUUAGUCUACAUUUAACUUGCCACCCUCAACUUAGUCUGAGAGCGUCUGCACAGCACUCGCUGGAGGCAGUACAGAUGAUGGGUUUUCCUAUGCAUGGAGCAUUAAUGCUGAAUGUUUCCACUGCACAUCUGCCUGGUGUAGAGGUUGGCCUGGAGCUGGGACGUUGUUAUUUUAGGGGUAAUUUGGGGAAAACAACGGCUUCACAGACAGAAGAGCAGUCUUCCUAUGCUGUAAAUGUGACCAACUAUUGUCCUGCUCUACAGGGAACAGUCCUCCCUGUAUCCCUGGCUCUUCAGGGCCUCCUCUCAGUCGUCCCUUGUCAGCUUACUAUGACCUCCUCAUUGAGGGCAGACAACCAGGACCUCUCUCUGGACCUAAGUCAGUCCUGCAGGCCUCCACAUCUCUCCGGGACAUUCACACACUCCUUCCUUGGUCUGAGGAGCCAUGGUGUGCCCCAGAUGAUCACUGUGGAGGCCAAUGCUCCUGGAGGUCCUGAGCAGGCUGGGGUCCUGUUCAUUAAAGCUGGGACAUGUUACAUUAGAGCCAAUAGGUUCAUAGAGGCCAAAGGGAGAACACAGUGGCUCUGGACUCUGGAAUCAAAGUGCCCAGUGUUACAGGGUCAUUUUAAUGGCUCAGUGUGGAAAGACCCUCAGGAUACCUGGACCGCCACAAUGGACACUGAUCUGGAGGGGAAAAAGGGUUUCCUGAGGUUGAGUGCAAGGGCCUGGCCGGAGCUGUGUGUGGAUGGGGAGCUCGUUCACAACCUUCCUGCUCUCAGAAAUGUCCCGCAGCACAGCAGACUGAGAGUGACCAGUAAGGCUGGAAAACAACGAUAUGACACCGAAGCGUUCGUUCAGAUGGAGCAGUGUACAGUCAGAGCAAGUGGUGUUGUGAUGUCACAGAGAGGCCUGCAGGGGUCGCUGGUGUAUCACAACAACUGCACAGUGAUUCAGGAGUGGGGUAGUCCAGACAGGAUGCAGUCCUCCGGGUUGUUGGUUGUCUCCCCAACUGUUGCUGAAUCUCAGGUUUCCAUGGCGAUAGAUGAUACAGAGCUACACGCGUCAGUGGCGCUUAAGAAAACUAAGGAUAAAAAUGAGGCAUUGCUUAGUUUAAACCACUCUGUGCCCCUGCUGAAGAAGUUUGGUCUCCCUGCUAAUGCUGCAAUUACAAUGAAUUGUGGGAGUCAUGGCAAUGGCUCGUACUAUUACCUGUUAGACAGCAGAGCUGGAAAUCAAAAGAUAAGUCAAGAGAUGACAGUGACAAAGAUGUCUGAAACAUUCAGAGUGAAGAGUCAUUUUAGACACACGGUGAGCUAUCUGAAGAAACAGGGAGUCCCUGCAAACAACAGCAUCCAGGUCGAUCUUGGUUCUGCUGGGGGGAAGACCUUGACCUUACAGUCCCAGUUUGGAGGUCAGCAGGCGGGAGUGAGACUUAAGAUGAAAUGUCUCCCCAUGACCAAAGAGAUAAGAGGAGCCAUGUGGCACAGCUGGUUAUGGCUACAGGACAAGGGACUGCCCCGUAAUAUAGAGGGCUUUUGUUCCAUUCAGGGGGUCUUUUCCCAGCUUCAGUCCAGGGCUCAGCUCACUGUGGACAGACACAAGCUGCUUGCCUCUGGCUUGAAUGUCAGUGUGGCUGAUGGACGGCUGGCCCUGAUGCUCUCCUACUCUCCACUGGUUUCUAAUCGAACAGGGAUGUGGCCCAGUCUGGACACGAGCCUGACUGCUCAGUUCAAAGGUCCUCUGCGGAGCGCCUCAAUUGACAUUCACAGUCACGACUGGAGACUCCAAGUGGUGGGGGAUGUAGGUGGCUGGGGGGCACGUGGAGGGUCCAAGGAGGCCAGAGUCACACUAAAACACACCGUACAGGGACAGACUAGCCCUGCCUUACAGGUGGAAGCCUGGGGAAGACUUACUGAGUCACAGCUGAGGUGUUCUGUGGCUGUGAACCCUGAACUCAGCUCCUCACUGGCACUCAUCCUCCAGGGACACCACCUGCCUCAUAGCAAGGACCUGAUGGUGAAGGUGGUCCAGAAUAUUCCUAGAAUGUUGGUUUACCUGCCUUCUCAGCUCAACGUCCGCUCUCAGUUGAAUCAGUCUCAGUCCAGUGUGGCAGGUUUGGUCGAGGUGUUGUCAGGCAAGAGGAGGCUGUGGGCUCUGGGGGAGCUGGCAGCUAUAGAGAGUGGAUACAGACAGGCUGUAGAGCUCAAACACUCAUACCCACAGUUAAAGCCACUCCCCAGGACUGUCGCAGCGAGGACGGUGUGUGAGGCCAGAAACUGGAGCUACCAAGUUCAACAUGAAGCUGUGUGGGGCAAUCAGGAGUUCAGCUUGUCUGGUCUCUACUCUGCACCUCCAGCACUGGAGAUGGGAAACCAGACCCUGAAGGUUAAGAUCAACUGUGUGCCCCGUUGGACUAAUUUAGAAGCGACAAUGGAGCAUUCUUUACAGCGCCGACUGGACAGUGUUUUACUCAGCUGGACAAGGCAUGGUCGAUUGGAGCAGGUCAGAGCUCUUAGCUCAUGGAGUCGAUCAGAGGAGAUGAAUGAGACCAAACUGGAGCUGAAACAUCCCUUUUCCUCCACACUCAGCCAGAUGUCCCUUCACACACUGUCACAGACCUCGCAGAGCGAACAACGCAGCAGCCAGCAAACUCAUCUGUCAUGGGACAGCUCAGUCCCUGUGAACAUCUCCCUCAACCUGAACAAACAGUGGCAGAACAACUCCAGCAGGGGGCAGGCAUGUGCUCUGUUCUCGACACAACAGAUGUCAGUGUCUUCUGUUAAAGGUUGUGUGUCAGUGGGUCAGGAUGCAAACUCAUAUUCACAAAACGCAGAGCUAAGAUGGGACAACAGGAGCAUCAAGCAAGGCAUGAAGUACCAGAGAGGUCCACAGGGAUUGCACAGCCUUCAGGUUAAUGUCGGCCUGGAUAAAGUGUCUCCUGCGCCCUGUCCUUCACACUCACUGCUGACUAAGAUUCAAACUAACCUCAGAGAUCGCCUGGAGCACACAGUGUUGCUGAGCUUCUGCCCCCCACAGCCUACUUUGUCGUGGUCAGGAUCCCACAGAGUGAACUCAGGCGAGGAGCUGUUUUACACACAGUCUCGCCUCUCUGUGACAGGACGGCCCAACCAGUGCAGUCUCACCUUCGCCCUGACCAACUCGUCUACUCCUCAGGGCUCCAACAUGUCUCUGUUCUCUGAGUCUAGGAUCGGGAACUGGAGCGUGGAGGUAGUGGGCAGUGCCUUGUCUUGGUCACGGGGGUCUAGUCUUCAGGUGGAGGCCAGGCUGGACCACAAAGAGAAGAUCUGGCUGAAUGGGACGGUAGAGGGACGUUGUCUUCAGACCACAGCAGGUUAUAUGAAAGGUCCAGGUCUGAGCGAGGACAUCACUGUCGUGGGAUGUGUGGGAAAAAAUCGCAGUUUGAUGCUAGAUGUGCAAAAAAGAGAUGGCAGCAGCAAACCUGAAACUCUGGCCAGUGUGUCUGCGGGAUCAACCAAUCAUAGGCUGACGUUGAGAGCAAGUGGCUGUCUGGAAAGUCUAACUACAACGGAGGCACGGAUUCAAUAUUUGAGCUCCCAGAUUCGGAAUAAACUGUUGGAGAGGAUCAAAACUUUACAGCAUCUUCUCAUCGAAUUCAGACGGCAGUCCAGGGACAGCGAGUUGCUCCAGGAGCUGAGUGCUGUGCCUCUUCAUGUAUCCCAGCAGGCUGAGGCUCUGCUGGGGCAUGGAGACAGAAGUCUGUUAGCUCUGUGGCUGAGCGGCCCUCUGCGUCGCAUCGUGACCGACAGCAUCCCUCGAUUUCUCAGCCUGCUGCAGCACGCCUCUCUGCUGGGACAACAGGAACUGAGGAGGCCCCUGGCCACUCUGGCAGGCGUGUACCAGGAUGUGAAGGGUCAGAGGCCGGAGGCAUUGUGGAGGGAAACUGUUUCCUUAUGGACUGGCGGGCUGGUGGAAGUCAUACCUUCUCUGUUGGGGAACCCUCAGCUGAGGCCGCUGGCUCAGGCCGGUGUCGCUACGCUCAGCAUUGCCCUGGAUGCGGCAGGACAGCAUACCUACCAGUGGGUGGAAACCAGAUUGGCAAUGGCUCUGUCUGGAGUCAGGAAACGACUAGCUUCUGUCUACAAAUUCUCCCCCAGUGAGUGUUCAGUGAUUAUAUCAGUGCUGCUGCCACCGCUACCCUCGUCCAAGGUGGUCAAGGCCGGACUGGUGGAAAUCCUUCUGGAGGAAUGGGUCCUGAGGCCCCUGCAAACCCUUGCCUCCUUCAGACCAAUAGCUGAACUAUACCGCCUCAAAAGGAAGAUCAUGGAUAGUCCAUUUAGACACGAAGCUCUGUUGGUGGCAGAUCAGUUUGUAGUGACAUUUGACGGUCACCUGUAUGAGCUCCCGAGCUCCUGUCCACUGCUCCUUGCCCAAGACAUCAGAUCUGACCCUUCGUUCAUGCUGCUGCUCACUUCAGACUCACAUAACUUCCUUCUAGUAGAAAUGAAUAACAGCACCGUCAAUAUUCAGCACAAUGGGCAGGUGAAGGCCAACUGCAACAAUGCUGCAACACACACAUUUUACAGCAACAAUGGAGUGUCUGUGAAAAGUGGGUCAAACAUUGUGCAGGUGUCCAGUCAGAAUGGAGCGUCAGUGUCAUGUAAUCUGCUGCUUGAGGUGUGCAGCUUCACCCUUGAUGGAUGGUUGCACGGCACGUCCACUGGUCUGUUAGGGACCAACGACUAUGAAGCAGGGAACGAUUUUCCUGUGCAUGAUGGAUCUCAAGCUGAAAACCUGGACAGUUUCUUCUACAGUUGGCAGAUGAAACCAGAGUGUAUUAAACCACCAGGUCUGACACAGCACUUUCCUAAAGCUGCCAUGAGCCCUGUGAGCUGUGACUUUCUGUUCUCAUCUCCAGACUCUCCGCUGAGUUCCUGUUUCAGGGUGGUGGAUCCUGGUCAGUUCUUGUCGGUGUGUGAGUUGAGCUCCUCCAGAGGCCCCUGCAGAUUAGCAUCUGCUUUUGCUCAUCUCUGCCAGCAGAACUACAUUCCUCUGGAGGUCCCUGCCCAGUGCUUGAAAGUAUGAAGAAAGGACAAGCUAAUGAAGAGCAAAGAUGGAUGAUUUUAUGACCUGUUAGCUGCUAAAACUAAAUUUACACUUUUAUACCACUGUUUGUGCUACAUUACUU